GCUUAUCCUGCUUCUUCGCCGCUCCGCUGUGACGGGUACGUUGCGGCGCGCUGUGUGACGUAGUCGGCGGGCGGAUUUGAAAUUGACAGCAAGGAGUUGGCUCCGUUAACGUUUAGUCACAAUGAGACGAAGCUCAAUUAUUGCUGGAAGCAGCGGUCGGCAAUCUAUGAUGGCACUGAGAGUGCAGGACAGCAACAAGAUGGGUCUUCAAACACCUCAGAUGAAGGACAAAGGUACGUUUGGGAAGCUGAGCAUGAGCAAACCUACACCUGGAACUUCGGAAAGAAAAGUCAGCUUUUUUGGGAAGAGAACUAGUGGGGCUGGAGGUUCACGCAACAGUCAGUAUGGUGUGUUCGGUACAGAAAAGAUCAAGGAUCCCAGGCCACUUCAUGACAAGGCAUUCAUCCAACAAUGUAUCAAGCAGCUUUGUGAGUUUCUUGUUGAGAAUGGUUAUGCCCAUAAUGUUUCCAUGAAAUCACUACAGUCUCCAUCAGUUAAGGACUUUUUAAAAAUCUUCACUUUUAUCUAUGGAUUUCUCUGCCCUUCUUAUGAACUGCCUGACUCAAAAUUUGAAGAGGAAAUUCCCAGAGUUUUUAAAGAGCUUGGGUACCCCUUUCCUCUGUCAAAAAGCUCCAUGUACACAGUGGGAGCACCACACACGUGGCCUCAGAUUGUGACAGCUUUGGUUUGGUUAAUUGAUUGUGUCAAGUUGUAUGCUGCCAUGAGGCAAAAUGCACCAUCGUUUGAUGAUGGACAGAGCUGGGGAGGAGAAACGGAUGAUGGAAUUGUACAUAAUAAGCUUUUCAUGGACUACUGUGUGAAGUGCUAUGAGCACUUCAUGAAAGGGAGAGAUACUUUCGAAGAUUUGGAUGCAGAAGUGCAGUCAAAAUUAAAGGAUUUAUUUAAUAUAGAUGAAUUCCAGAUAGAAGGUUUAGCAGCUGACAACAAAAGACUUCAUGAAGAGAUUGCGAGACUAGAAAAAGAAAAGGAAAGUGAGCCGGAUCGUAGAGUAUCACUACGAAACCUGAAAUCAUCUCUUCAAGCAGAUGUCCAGAAAUACCAGGCUUAUUUGGCUAAUCUGGAAUCUCAUAUAGCCAUCCUUGAUCAAAAAAUGGAAGGUGUAAAUGAGGAAGUUGAGGCAGCAGAAAUGGAAGUAGAAGCGAUGAAGCAGGAGAAUGCCCGGCUCCAGCACAUCUUUGAUAACCAAAAGUACUCAGUUGCGGACAUUGAGAGAAUAAAUCACGAGAGAAAUGAGUUGCAGCAAACCAUUAACAAGCUGACUAAGGAAGUAGAAGCAGAAGAACAUCAGCUGUGGAAUGAAGAGCUAAAAUAUGCUAGGAAUAAAGAGGCGAUCGAAAUGCAACUGGCAGAGUAUCAUAAACUGGCUCGAAAGCUGAAAUUAAUUCCAGUAAGUGCUGAGAAUUCCAAAGGCCAUGACUUUGAGAUUCAGUUUAAUCCUGAGGCAGGACCAAAUUGCCUAGUCAAAUACAGAACUCAGAUCAAGGCUCCCCUUAUGGAGAUCAUAAACCAGACCGAGGAAGAAAUUAGGAAAGCUACUCAACGGAAAAUGACUUUGGAAGAUACUUUGGAACAGGUGAAUGUAAUGGUAGUGGACAAGAAAAGCAGUGUGAAAAUGCUGAAAGAAGAAGCUGAAAAGCUGGAUGAUCUUUAUCAUCAGAAGCUUAAGGAGGCAGAAGAGGAAGAGCAAAAAUGUGCAAAUGAACUGGAAUUGUUAGAGAAGCAUAAACAAUUACUUGAGAGUGGUGUCAAUGAAGGUCUCAGUGAAGCCACGAAUGAAUUGCAUGAUCUUCAACGACAAUACCAAGUUGUUAUGCAAACAACAACAGAAGAGAGCAGGAAAACUGGUGAUAACUUGAAUCGUCUUUUAGAAGUGAUUGCUACUCAUGUAGUAUCUAUAGAGAAAUAUCUUGACGAACAGAAUGUGAAAAUUGACAGAGACUAUGAAGAAUUCAUGUCUGAAGACUUAUUGUCAGUCUUGACCGGAAUUCUAGACAGUUAUAAAAAGAAGGCUGAAAGUCUGUAAUUACCAAAAAGGUGAAGAUGACAAUGUUGCAUUUGUGAAGCUCUGGUAUGGUGCCUUCUAAAAGGAUGGGUACUUCCUGUGUUUAGUAGUGAAACUGGUUUUAAGUGUAAGGAAAUGUUUAUGAAUUUCCUUUCUUUUAUUGACACAAAUACAUUAAAGAAUUCAACAGUGUAUUUGCAGUUUCUUAAAAAAGGCUUUGGCUUACACUUCCUCCUUGCAAUAUAUUAUACAUGAUUACAAACAUCUGUGACAAGACAACUGUGGAACAACUUAAUUUAAUUUUUUCUUUAUAAUCGAAACAUUUGUGCCCUUCUAAGAACAUUAGUAAGAUGAGUACAGUUAACUUGUUAAAAUAACAAGCCAGAGUGGACUUAAAGAUGGAACCGCAAGUGACAGCACAAAUGUUGAGGGUUCUGAUAAAUUGAAAUACUGUUACUUAAAAAUAACUAGAGGUCUUUGUAAACUUGUAAGAUUGCGAACUGAGAAAAGAAUUACACUUUCCUUUCUGGAGCAUAUUUUGUGCAUUUAAUAAUAUACACAUUUAUUUAGUGCAUAUGCAUGAUAGCGCACAUCCUUCCCAUAGCCUUUCUUUUAGAGCAAGACCAAAUGUAAAUGUCUUUCAGUUCUCCUGCUUGUUCAGUUACAUAUGAAAGUGCUCAGUGACCCCUCUUACAUGAGUAAGAUUUAAAAAAAAAAAAAAACUUAUUUGAAAAGAACAGUAGUAGUCAUACAGUAGUCUUGUAAAUAUUCUAGAGAAAGAAAAAUAGUUUGAAAACAAAGUUCUGUCUCUACCUGCUCAUAGUCCCAGAUGAAACUUCACUGAACUUCUUGAAUAUGUAUACCAGAGAUGGCUCUAAGUAGGACAACAUAUGGAUUCUGGCAAUAUAGCUAAUUAGUUGUAGAUCUGGCUAAUGUUGGAUACAUCAAAACAGUCUAAAAUGAGUCUGCAUUCUUCUUGUUAGACCAGUAGGACAGACACUAUUUGAUUUUUCUUCCUCAGGAAUGUAGCAGUAAAAUUAUUGAAUGGGGAGCUCCAGUCCAAAUACAUUGAAGAAAAUGUAACGCCAUGUCUUGAACAUUUACUUCUUUGUUUAGUGCUAAUGUGGAAGUAGUAUCUUACCUACUCUGUAUAUUCCUUUGUUUAAAAACAAAAACAAUAAAAUCACCAUUUAUGUCUUGGGAUAGUUCAGUUUAUGAUGGUAUUUCGUAAUAAAAUAUUGAUGUAUUUGAGUGUUUUUGAGAGUUCAGUGAUAAAUAGCACUGAUUCAAAUAUAAAAUGAUAAAAACAACUUUGCAGUCUGUUAAAAAAUUUUUAGCGGCUGAUAGCUAAAUGAGGUUGCUCCUUAAUUCUAUAAUUAGACACAAUAUUUGAAUGAAACGCAGAUCCCUAGGAUAUACAACAAAACUUAAGUUGGAUCAUCUUGAACACAGACUGCAAAUAAAAACUGAAUUGUCUGUAAUUCUAGGCUAUUUUUGUAGAGCAUGUAUAAAACUCAGUUGUCCUUAAGAUAGUGUGUGAAUCUUCUGGCUCUAGUAUGAGUAUUUUGUUUCAGAUGUUAUGAUAAUGAUGGCAUUAUUUAAGCGUCUAACUUUCUGUUCUUUUGUUGUACUCCAGAAGUUUAAUUUGAAAGCUAGAAAAGUUUUCUGACAGGUGGGUAGUAUUUCCGCUGUCUUCUGUUGUCCUCUUUCAUUUUACCUUUAUUAUAAACUCUUACUUUGUGGUUUGGGUUUUUUUCUGUAACAGCCUAAUCCUUAUCAAAUCUCACUUCCUUCUCUUUAGAUCUUUCUAAUAUUUUUGUUAUCUAAAGCAAUAUUAUUCUAAUUAAGCAAAACUGUGACAUAUACAGAAUAAUCAUGUUCCUUGAAAAUAUGUGCUUAUUUAGGGGCUGUGCUUUCUCUUGGCUGCCUGAUACCUGUUUGUCUCUGCUUCUAUAAUGGACUAUUCUUGUGUUUAUUAAUAUCUGCAGGUUCUUUGCCAUGUGGAGUAGUCAGAUGAUUGAGUAAAUGAAAGUAAAAUAAAUGUAAUUUCCGAGGACUAAUAGUAACCCAGUGGUAAUGGGUUAAAGAAUCAAGGUCACAACGACCUUCCUUCAUGUAUUGGCAAAUGUAAUAUUCUGAAAUUAGUCUGAGUAAUAAAAAGUCCAUAUUGGUAUGUUGGCAACA